UCUAGCUGUUCGUAAAACCCUAACAAAACCCCGCUGUUUCUCAUGGCUUUCACUUCCAUUCUCCGGAAAACAGCUAACUCCUUAGCUCCGCUCGCGAUUCGACUCACCCGAGUGGAGAGAAGCUACCAAUCUUCCAUCUUCAUGGCCUUGAACCAUACCUUCCAUUCCCACCCAUCCACCCCUAGUUUUUACCCAAACACCCUUCAUUUCUCAACGGCUGUUGAUUCUCGGAAAACCGCUUCUGAUGAGUCUCUUCUCCGAGUUAUCGAGUCGGAGAUUCAGUGUGCCGAGGAGAGUGAUGAAUAUAAUCAGGUUGAAGAAACUCCAAGUGGGUUCCCUUUUGAAAUUGAAGACACUCCCGGGCAUCAGUCCAUAACAUUGACCAGGGAAUAUGAUGGUGAACUCAUCAAAGUUAAUGUUUACAUGCCGGAUCUUGUCACGGGUGAAGGCGAAGCUGAUGACCUAAACAAUGACGAAGAUGACUCUGAAAAGCCCAGUAGAUCAAGCAUCCCAUUGGUUGUUAAUAUCUCAAAGAGUGGUGGUCCGAAUUUGGAGUUUAGCUGUACUGCAUACCCCGAUGAGAUUACCAUUGAUGGUUUGUCUGUUCGAAAUCCAGAUUCUGAGGACGAACUCGCCUAUGAAGGCCCUGAUUUCUGUGAUUUGGAUGAGAAUUUGCAGAAGGCUUUCCACAAGUAUUUGGAGAUCCGAGGAAUCAAACCAAGCACGACUAACUAUUUGCACGAGUACAUGAUUAACAAAGACAGCCGGGAGUAUCUACAGUGGUUGAAGAACCUCAAGAAGUUUCUUGAAGAAUGAAGGAUUUAAAGUUCUCGUACAAGUUUACGAAAAUUGGUAAGCUCGAACUAGCACUGUGUUCAAGUAGUAUGACAUAAAUGAGAUAUGAACAUUUUGUUUAUGUGAAAAAGCUUUUU